AAACCUGAGCUACAACAAGUUGACGGAGAUUGAUCCUUCUGCCUUUGCAGAGCUGUCGAACCUGCAGGAAGUGCGACUGAACAACAACGAGCUGACCGCCAUUCCCUCCCUGGGACCCGCUGCUUCCAGCGUCCGCUUCCUCCACCUGCAUCACAACAGGAUCCGCAGCAUUGAAGCAAGUCAACUGAAGCCCUACGUUACCCUGGAAACGUUGGACCUGAGUUUCAAUGACAUCACGGAAAUCCGAAACGGCUGCUUUCCGCAGGGACUUCAUAUAAAGGAGCUCUACCUGGGGAGCAACAGAAUCAGCACCCUGGAGCCUGGUGCUUUUGAUAGUCUGUCACGGUCCCUGCUAACACUUCGUCUGAGUAAAAACAGGAUCACUCAGCUUCCUGUCAAGGCGUUCAGGCUACCCAGGCUAACACAACUGGAGCUGAACCGGAAUCGCAUCCGCCUGAUUGAAGGCCUGACAUUCCAGGGACUGGACAGCUUGGAAGUCCUGAAACUGCAGCGCAACAACAUAAGCAAAUUGACUGAUGGGGCUUUCUGGGGUCUAGCCAAGAUGCAAGUCCUCCACCUGGAGUAUAACAGCCUGACAGAAGUAAACAGUGGCUCUCUCUAUGGCCUUUCAUCUCUGCACCAGCUUCACCUCAGUAACAACUCCAUAUCCCGCAUCAACCCCGAUGGCUGGAGCUUCUGUCAGAAGCUCCAUGAGCUAAUACUCUCUUACAACAACCUAACCAGGUUGGAUGAGGGAAGCUUGGCAGACCUUGGUGGACUGCAUGUACUACGACUGAGCCACAAUUCCAUCAAUCACAUUGCAGAAGGUGCCUUCAAGGGACUCAAAAACCUGCGGGUCCUGGAACUGGACCACAACGACAUCUCAGGCACAAUAGAAGAUACCAAUGGAGCCUUUACAGGCCUAGAAAACCUAAGCAAGCUAACUCUGUUUGGAAACAAGAUCAAGUCUGUGGCCAAGAAAGCGUUCUCAGGAUUGGAGGCCCUGGAGCACCUGAACCUUGGGGAUAACGCCAUCCGCUCCAUUCAAGCAGAUGCUUUUGCUAAGAUGAAGAGCCUGCAGCAGCUCCACAUAAACAGCGACAGCUUCCUCUGCGAUUGCCAGCUGAAAUGGUUGCCCCAGUGGUUAGUUGAGAAAGAGCUGCAAUCCUUUGUGGUGGCCACCUGCGCCCAUCCUGAGUCACUCAAAAGCAAGAGCAUUUUUGCCAUCCUGCCAGAAAGUUUUGUGUGUGAUGACUUCCCCAAGCCACAGAUCAUCAUCCAGCCUGAGACAACUGUGGCUGUCCUUGGGAAGGACAUCCGUUUCACUUGCUCGGCCACCAGCAGCAGCAGCUCCCCCAUGAUGUUUGCAUGGAAGAAAGACAACGAGAUGCUGCACAAUGCUGAGAUCGAGAACUUUGCCCAUGUGCGGGCAAAGGAUGGUGAGGUGAUGGAGUACACCACCAUUCUGCACCUCCGGCAUGUCACCUUUGCUCACGAAGGGCGUUACCAGUGUAUCAUCACCAACCACUUUGGCUCUACCUACUCCAACAAGGCCCGACUCACUGUUAAUGUGUUGCCCUCGUUUAUCAAAACUCCCCACGACAUCACCAGACGGACAGGGACAAAAGCACGGCUGGAGUGUGCAGCUGAAGGACACCCCACCCCACAAAUCGCCUGGCAGAAAGAUGGGGGCACGGACUUCCCUGCGGCCCGAGAACGCCGCAUGCACGUCAUGCCUGAUGACGAUGUCUUCUUCAUUAUGGAUGUGAAGAUAGAAGACAUGGGCGUCUACAGCUGCACGGCACAGAACUCUGCGGGGUCGGUGCUUGCAAACGCCACCCUGACUGUACUGGAGACACCAUCUUUGAUUCACCCCCUGGAAGACCAUGUGGUGUCUGUAGGCGAGACUGUGGCUCUUCAGUGCAAAGCCACAGGGAGCCCACCUCCCCGCAUUACCUGGCUGAAAGGUGACCAGCCCCUGAUCGUGACAGACAGGCAUCACUUUACCUCUGGCAACCAGCUGCUGAUUGUUAGGAACGUUGUCUUGGAGGACGCUGGGAAAUACACCUGUGAAAUGUCCAACACCCUGGGGACAGAGCGAGCACACAGCCACGUGAGCAUCUUACAGUCCCUCGGCUGUAGAAAGGACCGUACCACAGUGGGGAUCAUCACCAUUGCUGUGGUGUGCAGCAUCGUGCUGACGUCUCUGGUCUGGGUCUGCAUCAUCUACCAAACCAGGAAGAAAAGUGAAGAAUACAGUGUCACCAACACAGAUGAGACUAUUGUGCCUCCUGACGUGCCGAGCUACUUGUCUUCACAAGGGACUCUCUCUGACCGGCAGGAAGCCGUCAUCCGAGCAGAUAACCAACAGCCUAAUGGGCACAUAGACAGCAAUGAUGGUUCGUUUGUUACAGGUAUGUGUCAGACUGAUGCUGGAAGGUGUCCAGAUGUUGAAGCUCCCACCACUGUAGGCUGCAGACAGCCAAAGCUGUGUAUCGGCUAUAAUAAAGACACUUGGAAAACUGAAGACAUGGCUGAUGGAAUGCUUGUUCCAGAUAAGACAGGCUAUGGCCUGCCAGUUGUGUGCACGGACUGCAGCGGCAGCACGGACAGCAUGAACCUCCACAUUUACCCCAAGGAGUCGGAGUACUACUCGGAGAGCCUUAAGACUAUGGAUAAUACCUACCCAAACGCACUGAGCAGGAAGAGGGGUGCAGGCACCAGCCUCCUUCAUCCUCAGCCGUGCAACGGGAUUGCCAGCGGCAAGAGGAUGGAAACAGACGGGACCCUCUACCCCAGCAACCACGACAGAAUAAGACCUGGCAGCAUGACCAGCCCGCUGCUUGCAGACAAACAGGGCUCUUCACAAACCGUAGCAAAGCCUUCAGAGCUUAACAACCUUAACUUGGUGAGAGCUUCACCGGCAGGAGGGUCGUUAAAGCAAUUGAACGUGCUUCCUGAAAUUUCCCCGACACUACUGGAUCUGCAGAGCGAAGCAGAGGUGAAACAGGCUCUCCUCUCCAACGGCUACGCGCCCAAGCUGGGCGACUCCCUUCAUGAGCUGAGGCCACCGAACGGAUCGCUGGACUGA